CACAAAGCCCCGGGGCGAGGAGGGAUGACGAGCCGCUCCUGCAGCCCGGCAGCCGGGGCGGGAGCGCAGCCGGGGAUGCGCUGCCGGCUCUGAGCGGCUCCGAGCGGCUCCCCGCCCCGCACGGUCCCGCCCCGCUCCUCCCGUCCCCGCCCGGCGGCAGCGGGGAGUCUGCGGCACCGGCACCUGCCCCGGCCCUUCCACCGCCGAGAUGGCGGACCCCGCCGAGUGCAGCAUCAAAGUGAUGUGCCGCUUCCGACCCCUCAACGAGGCGGAGAUCCUCCGAGGAGACAAAUUCAUCCCCAAAUUCAAGGGCGAGGAGACGGUGGUCAUCGGGCAAGGGAAGCCCUAUGUCUUUGACAGAGUGUUACCUCCCAACACAACCCAGGAGCAAGUUUAUAAUGCCUGUGCCAAGCAGAUUGUCAAAGAUGUUCUUGAAGGCUACAAUGGCACCAUCUUCGCUUAUGGGCAGACGUCGUCAGGAAAGACACACACUAUGGAGGGGAAGCUGCAUGACCCUCAGCUAAUGGGAAUCAUUCCGAGAAUUGCACAUGACAUCUUUGAUCACAUCUAUUCCAUGGAUGAGAACCUGGAGUUUCAUAUAAAGGUGUCCUACUUUGAAAUAUACUUGGAUAAAAUAAGGGACCUUUUGGAUGUGUCAAAGACAAACCUUGCCGUACAUGAAGAUAAGAACAGAGUUCCAUAUGUGAAGGGUUGUACAGAAAGAUUUGUAUCUAGUCCUGAGGAGGUGUUGGAUGUCAUCGAUGAAGGGAAAGCGAACCGCCAUGUGGCUGUUACAAAUAUGAAUGAACACAGCUCUAGAAGUCACAGUAUCUUCCUUAUUAAUAUUAAACAAGAGAAUGUGGAAACUGAGAAGAAACUUAGUGGAAAACUGUACCUGGUAGACUUGGCUGGAAGUGAGAAGGUCAGCAAAACUGGAGCGGAGGGUGCUGUUCUUGAUGAAGCUAAAAAUAUCAAUAAGUCUUUGUCUGCUUUAGGCAACGUGAUAUCUGCCUUGGCAGAAGGAACUAAAACUCAUGUUCCAUACCGAGACAGCAAAAUGACCCGGAUACUUCAGGAUUCCCUUGGUGGAAACUGCAGAACCACCAUUGUUAUAUGCUGUUCUCCUUCUAUUUUCAAUGAAGCAGAAACAAAGUCGACCCUGAUGUUUGGACAGCGAGCAAAGACCAUUAAGAACACAGUCUGUGUCAAUGUUGAGCUCACUGCAGAACAGUGGAAGAAAAAGUAUGAGAAAGAAAAAGAGAAAAACAAGAGUCUAAAGAAUGUUAUCCAGCAUCUGGAGCUGGAACUGAACAGGUGGAGAAAUGGAGAAGCUGUGCCUGAAGAUGAACAGAUCAGUGCCAAAGACCAGAAGAACCUGGAGCCGUGUGAUAACACACCGAUCAUUGACAACAUCACACCCGUGGUUGCCAGCAUCUCAACAGAGGAGAAGCAGAAGUACGAUGAGGAGAUUGCCAGUCUCUACAGGCAGCUGGAUGAUAAGGACGACGAAAUCAAUCAGCAGAGCCAGUUGGCUGAAAAGCUGAAACAACAGAUGUUGGAUCAAGAGGAGCUUCUGGCCUCCACUAGGAGAGAUUAUGAGAAGAUUCAGGAGGAACUCACCCGUCUUCAGAUUGAGAAUGAAGCUGCAAAAGACGAAGUGAAAGAGGUCCUUCAGGCCUUGGAAGAACUAGCUGUCAAUUAUGACCAGAAAUCCCAAGAAGUGGAGGACAAAACAAGAGCCAACGAGCAGCUGGCUGAUGAACUGGCACAGAAGAGUACGGUUCUGUCAGCGACCCAGAGGGAGCUGGGCCAGUUGCAGGAGCUCAGUAACCAUCAGAAGAAGAGAGCUACAGAAAUCUUAAACUUGCUGCUUAAAGACCUGGGAGAGAUCGGGGGGAUCAUUGGCACUAACGAUGUUAAAACAUUAGCAGAUGUGAACGGGGUGAUCGAAGAGGAGUUCACCAUGGCACGGCUUUACAUCAGCAAGAUGAAAUCUGAGGUGAAAUCUCUGGUGAACCGCAGCAAGCAGCUGGAGAGUGCCCAGAUAGACUCCAACAGGAAGAUGAAUGCCAGUGAGAGGGAGCUUGCAGCUUGCCAGCUCCUCAUUUCACAGCAUGAAGCAAAGAUCAAGUCCCUGACAGACUACAUGCAAAACAUGGAGCAGAAGAGAAGGCAGCUGGAAGAGUCCCAGGAUUCUCUCAAUGAAGAGCUUGCCAAGUUACGUGCUCAAGAAAAAAUGCACGAAGUCAGUUUCAAAGAUAAGGAGAAGGAGCACCUGACCCGGCUUCAGGAUGCAGAGGAAAUGAAGAAGGCACUGGAGCAGCAGAUGGAGAGUCACAGGGAAGCCCAUCAGAAGCAGCUGUCCAGGCUGAGAGAUGAAAUUGAAGAGAAGCAGAAAACAAUCGAUGAAAUCAGAGAUAUGAAUCAGAAGCUGCAACUGGAACAAGAGAAGCUGAGUGCUGAUUACGAUAAAUUAAAAAUUGAGGACCAGGAGAGAGAAAUGAAACUGGAAAAGCUCAUACUGCUUAAUGAAAAAAGGGAACAAGCAAGAGAAGAUCUUAAAGGGCUGGAGGAAACAGUGGCUAGAGAACUCCAGACUCUCCAUAACCUACGCAAGCUGUUUGUUCAAGAUCUCACCACUCGUGUUAAAAAAAGCGUUGAGCUUGACAGCGACGAUGGAGGCGGAAGUGCUGCGCAGAAGCAGAAGAUUUCCUUUCUUGAGAACAACCUGGAACAGCUUACUAAGGUUCACAAACAGUUGGUACGUGAUAAUGCAGAUCUUCGUUGUGAGCUUCCUAAGCUGGAAAAACGACUUAGAGCUACGGCAGAGAGAGUUAAGGCCCUGGAGAGUGCACUGAAGGAGGCCAAGGAGAACGCCAUGCGAGACCGCAAGAGGUACCAGCAGGAGGUGGAUCGCAUUAAGGAGGCUGUAAGAGCCAAAAACAUGGCACGGAGAGCACACUCUGCUCAGAUCGCCAAGCCCAUCCGCCCUGGUCAUUACCCAGCGUCGUCUCCAACAGCUGUCCAUGCCAUCCGAGGGGGUGGGAUGUCCAACUCCAGCUACUAUCACAGCACCAAAUAGAUGAGAAGUCAGUCCCACUUAGCAUGUUACAGACUAUCAUUAAGUCACUACUUUCUUUUACCCCCCUCUUCAACCUGAUCCACAUUCUCUUCAACCUGCGCUUCCUACCGCCAUCUGCGACGCACUGGCCAUAGGUAUUUUGAGCUUCGUAGGAUCUCCACGUGUACAGAAGUCUUCAGCUCAACUCUUCUACAGAUACUUGUACAAUGUAUUUAACGUAACCAUCUCAGUACCCAUAGGAAGUCUGCCACCCAGAAUGGCACCGACAGCGUGUGACCCCCUGGCUUAGGCUGGGGCUUCUCCGCUCAGCCCGAUGCUGUUGGAAGUCCUCUGUCACAUCAGUAAAUCCUGACUUCCAGCAUCCAAGAAUUGAUUAUUUGGUGACCAAGUGCCAUCAAAGGCAGGUGAUUGUGCUCUGUCAUGACUGAUUUACUGUAUAAUAUACAUAUUAUUUUAUAUUUUUAAGGGAUGAAAAUGUGCUGCUACAUGGUUUUAAUUUGACUGCUUACAUUUUUUGGAAGGAAAUUUCCCCAAAGAACCGUUUGUAAAAUCCCGAUAAAACCUUUGGACUGUAUAAAAUGACCUUUCUUGCAGUACCUGGUAAAGAUCAAAUGGGAUGCAGAGAAAUCUGUUAGUAUAAACUUAGGUUUUUGGAGUUUGGUAGUUACAAGACUUGUAUGUGUGACUUAUCUUCAAGUUACGAGCUGGUCUGCUUGUAGUUCUCCCUACGGUGGUGGGGUUCUCCUGAUGCGUGUUGGCUGGCCGUGUGUUGCUCAGCAUUGUUCUCCAUGACACUCUGAAAGCUUUCAGAAUGCCACAGAAGUCCUGUCUUGGGAAAGCCUCCAGCAAGCCCUGAUCUGCUCACACUGGAAUUCACAGGCGGGAGGGAACAGUCCCCGACUGGAACAGGCACUCCCUAAAAAAACCACAAACAUCCCCCAGAGCCCCAGGCCCUACCUUAAGGUAUAGAGGGACCAAGAGAAGGUGUGGGUUACAAGCUGUCCCUUGCAGACCGAAUUGGGAAAUACAUCUGUUAGGAGGUGAAGAGCACGUUGCAAGGGGAAAAAAAUGUACUUACUGCUUGUGUAACGACGUGCAAGCCAUCCUGCUGUGCUCAGAGCCUUUCUCAUCUCCCUGGUGCCAGGCAGAAACGUGUCCAGCUCCUCAGCAAGGGGGCACUGGAAUCCUUCUGGAGAUCACAGCUGCAGGUGGAAGCUGCUCCUGCUGCUGUGUCACAUAUCUGUGUCACCCAGCAGUGUGGCUCACAGGGAGGGUACAGCUGAGCGUGGCCCUUCCUUCUUCUCCUGCAAGUGUUUGCUCUUAGGUUGAGACAGACAUGAAACCAGUCGGGUAAUGGAGAGCAUUUGGAAAUAUUGUGAUUUUUUUUUAACUUAGUUUUUUGCAAAGUAAGUUGGACUUAAUUAUUAUUUUUUCUUAGAUGUUGCACUAUAUUUGGGAGCGUUUUGCAAAAAUAAUUUAAAGAAGUUGCAAAUUUUGCAUGUAUUUAUUUUGUAUUUUUUCAGAGUUUUCUAUUUCUCUUUACGUGCGUGUGCACUGCCAGGAAAAUGAACUGUGAACUCGCCAUAUGCAGGCUUUAACAGGGUUACUAAUUCCGACCCACUCUGUGCUGCUCAGAGCUGAACUGUCUGCUAUCAACUUAUUAUCCUCUUCUUUUUGUUCUGUUGCGGUUGUCUUCAGAAAGGAAUACUGAACUCUUAGUGGCUGCCCGAUUUUGUUCUGCAGUGCAGCUGCUAUUCUGUAUUUUGAAUUCAGAGUUUGGCAGGGAGUUGCAUUUUAAAUGCAAUGUCCCAAGUUGCUCGUGCUGUUAUCAUCAGUUCUGUAUGACAGUUUAGACAGCUUGCUUCAGCUUGAGUGCUAAGUUAGCUUUGACAUCCCUAAAUUGUGCUAGUGCUGAUCAGCCAGUCAGUUCAUCUAGCUAAAGUGAGGUUCUCCAAGUUAACUUCUGCUUCAAGACUGUAAGAGGACUUUCUAUUACUGAAACACUGACAAGGAGCAUCAGGCUGAGCUCCUCCCAAAGGAACACGUUACAGGCUUAACUGGAAAUUAUCCAGUCUGUCAGUUGCACUUCUUCUGCUUAUAGAUUCUUGUUUUGGAGCCUAUUGUAAUGAAGCAAUUUAAGUUUGUAUUGCUUACCGUAUAUCUAACUUUUGUACCAUUUUUAAGUCUUAUGCAUUUUAUAGAUAGAAAAUGAAAGUCACACAUCUGCUCUGCAGGGAUCAAACCCUGUCUUGUGUCAUUUCCAGCACCUGAUGCUGUCUUACUUUGCUCUUUGAAUGUUAUGUCAUAUUUAUUCUAGGCUGAUUUUCAGGUUGUGAUUUGUAUGGAGCAAAUGGAACUUCACACCUAAGAUGUCUUGCAUAGGACACGUUCUAGUGGAAACACUGUUGACAAAUGGAAACCAUAAUUCAGGUGGAACUGAGGUGUGUACUGUUCUUUUUCAAGGAAUAAAAUACCAUUUCCUGCUCAGCUGAGCUUCUCUCCAUGAUGUCAUUGGAUCAUAGAACGGCCUGGGUUGCAAAGGCCCACAGUGCUCAUCCAGCUCCAACCCCCUGCUGUGUGCAGGGUCACCAACCAGCAGCCCAGGCUGCCCAGAGCCACAUCCAGCCUGGCCUUGAAUGCCUGCAGGGAUGGGGCAUCCACAGCCUCCUUGGGCAACCUGUGAACAGUGCGUCACCACCCUCUUGAGUUUCUCCUUGAAUUCAUGUUUCAUUGACUUGUUUAUUUCAAAAGCAAGGAAAGUUAAACCUGGGAAGAUCUUGGCUGAUGCAUCUGCAGGUUGUGUUUUGCUCACCAAGGGGGAGAUGGGAAUAUCCUGAAAAUACUGAAAAUCAACAAAGUAAAAACAAACCCCAAACUAUACGAACACCUUUACAAUGAUGGUUUCUGCCAACAGAACCCAAUGAGUAGCUUUUAAACUGCAUUCCACAAAGCCUUAUGCAUUGAAGUACACUUGCCCGACGUUUCCAUAAAUAAGGCUUGGAGCUGUAAUAUUUCAGUUGAAUUGGAGGUUGAAUUCAGUUGAAUUGCUCAUGGAGGCUCAAAAGGAAAAUGCCUGAUCUAGUUUCCAGUGUCGGAGGAGGAGAACCUUGUGUAACCAUGAGGGUGUGCACCAACUGGAGUCAGUGAGUUGGCAGGACGAGCUGAACCUCCUCUUGCUUUGACUUUCCCCUUUGCUGUGCCUGUAUGAACUGAAGCUCACCGGCCAACAUCUGCUGCACGGGAUGGGACACCGCUGCACCACUUCGCUCACCAUCUGGUCCACUGGAACACGUUGUGUGGUGGGAGAACCGCAGGGGUUGAGGCGUUGCGUAGAGUUAUCCAUGUCUAGUUUGUCAAGUGUGUGCCGUGUACUGCAGAUGUGUAUUCUCUGGGCUCUGUGUAUCUUUACAGUAGUGUUCAUUUUAGGAAAAAGAAAAACAAUAAAGUGUGGACACCUUUUGCUGGUAACAAGGGGAAUUUUAUUAUUAUUAUUAUUAUUAUUUUGCCAUUGCAUCAAGCAAUGCUGAAAUGUAUUAAUCUCUUGAUAGCAGAUCUGACCCCUUCUCCCCCCCAUCCCAUGGAGAUAAGCUUUUUAUCUUCAUUCUGCAGUUCUAUCGGGGACGGAUGGGUACGCUGGCAGACUGCAUGAUGUAUCAUUUGAAAACCGUUACAGUGGCCAAUAAAACCGAACUAAACUUUG